CCCACGGAGCUUUUCCCUCUUCAAAUCGCCCUGCUUUUUGCAGGGCAGCAUAUUAUCCAACCCCAAAUCCAAUUCCCACCGUUCGAUCUAUCGAUCUCAACGAUGAAGGAGGAAGAGAUUCCCCCGUCAACCACCCCCAUCGACGACGUUGAUUCCGCAAACGACACCGUUUGCUUUGAACUCGUCCCCCCGCCCACUCCCCCCAUCGUUGACAUCCCAAACGACGCCGCCUGCUUCGAACCCGCCGCCCCGCCCUCCCCAAUCGGCGGCGGGUUUAAAAAGAAAAAGCGCAGUAAAUCGUUCAGCCUCCUCAAGGCGGCGCUCAACAUCUUCCAGGAGAAGCCGCCGUCCCCGGCGAACGAGAAGAGCAAGUCUCUGUCCAAAAAGAAGAGCGGCGACUGGAAGGCGGUGGUGGGGUCAAUGCGGCCGUUGACCCUGCAGGACAAAUCCCCGACGCCGUCCAUGUCGCCGUCGUGUUCGUACGAGAAUCUGUCCAUUAUGAGCUCUCCAUCGCCGUCGCCGUCGCACGUGUCAUGCGCGAGCGGCACAAUGAGCCGGUACGCCUCCGCGGGCAAUCUACAGGAGCUGGACCCCUGCUCCGAUCCCGACGAGGUGUUCGACGAUUUCGCCGGCGACGAGAUGAUAGACGUCAAGGCGGAGGAAUUCAUCCAACGAUUCUACCAACAAAUGAAGCUCCAACAACGUCAACAUCAUCAUCAUCACCGCUACCACCAUCCUCAUAUGUAAACAAAAAAGCACUGAUUCAUCAUCGUAAAUGUUAAUUAAUUAUAAUUACUACACUAAGUAAUUUAAUUAAUUAAUUAACUUAUAACUUAUCAGCUCAUUAGGCCAGUCUCCAAUUAACCAGCGGCAUAUACAGCUGCAUUGGACAUUCGCCCGUGUUAUUUCCUCCCGAAAAGGUUCGUCAAAUUUAUAAGGAAAAAUCAAAACGACGAACCUUUUCGGAACUGAUAUGAUUUAUCAUCUGAAUGUUCGGUAUUUC